AAUAAACUUCAGGCAGGAGUUCCCUCCAUUUUCAUGGUCGUUUACUAUUUUUAGCAUCCAAUUCGACACGUUGCAUGAAAACGUUGGGCAACACCAAAUAGAGUAAGAGACAGCACCUUUUCCAGAACGUUGUCGUUUUAUUCAAAAUUCCAUCGUCUUUACAAUUUAGCGUAGUAAAUGUGAAAAUAACAACGCUUCACAGUUUCUUCUCCGCUCUCCCAACCCCAAAACCCUAACUCUUCCCGCUCUCUCUACCUCUCUCGGUCGUUUCGAGCUUCGAUCCAUGAGGGGUUUUGACCACCUUUGACCCCGGCCACCGUUGACCCAUUGCCUCGGCCAUCGGAGCAUUUCCGUUGUAAGAAAUCUCAGCCGAAAGUGUCAGUUCGAGGAUGGGUUUACCAAAAACCAAAAAUACCUGUACUUCAAAGGAGACUGAUGACACUAUUACUGCCUCAAUUGGGACAAAAAGGAAACGUGGAAAACCAAGUAUGGAGCGCAUAGCAAACCGAGCACUUAAAGGUAAGAAAUUAGUAGUUGAGUUUAACCCAAAGGGUGUACCAUUUGGGAAGGUAGCAGGAGAGAUGCAAUCUUACAUUGGAGUGAUUGCGCGUACCACGGUUCCCAUAAAUAUUGAGAGCUGGCCUAAGGUGGACAAGGAUCUGAAGAAUGAUGUUUGGAAAUCCAUAGAGAUGGCAUUCGUCUUAGCGCCCAGACACAGAAAAAUGAUUUUGGCAUCUGCAUCCAAUAAGUGGAGGCAAUUCAAGUCAGAACUGACUACAAAAUACGUAAUGCCAUAUAAAGAUCAGCCAGAUAUUUUAAAAGACCCACCAGAAGAAUAUGAUUUCAUAAAGCAACAAGAUUGGGAACAAUUCGUAAAGAGUCGCUUAACCAUAGACUUUCAGAAACGCCACAUGGAGCAGAAAGAGAGAAGGCAGAAGAUGCAGAAUGCUCAUAGAUUGGCACAAGAGGGUAAUGCUGGUUUGGAGGCAGAACUACAAGAAACUACGGAUGAAGAGGAUGAAUAUGAACUUGAUGUAGCAGUCCCCUGGAAGAAAGGUCGCGAAGACAAAAAUGGGAAUAUCUCCUACGAGACCGUAGGGGAACAGGCUGCAGAAAUGGAUACCUUGAUGAACAAUGAAGGGACAGUUAACAACUCUAAUAGUGGAUCAAGCGGUGAUGUCAGGUCAAUGGGGUUGGGGACUCCAGAAAAUUCUGGUAGGGAUAGAGGUGCAGGAGAUUCUGUCAUGCCAAAUAUUUCACCACCUCAGUUGGAGCGAGAAGAUAUCAUGGACGAGGUCACGAAGAUGAUACAGCAGCAAAGGGUAUGGUUACAAGCCAAGAUUUCUGUGUUAGAGGCAAAGAUCAGUGGUAAUUUCCCGGCCUCAAGUAUCCCACUUUUAUCUCCUCUGCUUUCCAAGCCUUCAAACAAGGGCAGGUGUUCUGGGAAGAACAUUGUUGAGGUCAGUGAUAUUGAUUCGGAAGCUUUCUCAUUUGUAGGCAGAAGAGAACUCGUGAAGGGAAAAUCUUGCAAGUUGUCUGUCGGAUCAAUCAACAACGUUGUUUCCCAUGGUACAAUAAUUGAAGUGGAUGGGGGAAACCACACAGUUCAUGGUAUGCCUUUGGGAGAGGGAAAUAUACGUGUUGCUAUUGAUACUGCCCUAGAUGAAGAGGCACUCCUUCCCAUACCAGUUACAGGGGAAUUAGAAACUGUUGGGCAUGCUGUAGGCUCUCAUGUGGCUUGGCCAAAACAUCUUGUUAAGUUGAUGAAUGAAGAGGAACGUGGAAGUACUUCUAUUAAACCUGGAGACUUUACCUAAACAAGAUAUGAACCUUCCAAAGUCCCUCAAGCUCCUAUAUCGUUAUGCUGAGCGUGGCAUGAUGGAUGGCGAACAUAUCAGUAUUUCUAUGGAAGAAGCUGUAUUUGGUAUUGCCAAGACUGUCAACAUUUUCA